AAAUAAUAUAGAUUCCGCAUAUUCUUGGUACUGUGUACUUCAAGCGUAAAUAAGGUAUCAAAACUCUUCCCAUACUUAAGACAACAAGUGUGGAUUAUUGAAAAUAACAAGCAUCAUCAUGGAGCAUAACGUAUUUGUGUGUGCACUUAUGCUUUUCUCAUCUUGUUUGGCACAAAACACUCUCAACUCACAUGAAGAAAUCAUAGAAUUCAUAAAUUCCAAUCAAUCAUCGUGGACUGCCGGAGUGAAUUUAGCCGGCAAAGACCUAAAAGAUCUUUUACCACUAUUCAAUGGUGUUCGUGGACUUCAUCCUGAUCUUAAUUUUACGAUACCUCAGAUGAAACACAACUUGGAAAACAUUACACUUCCUAGUAGUUUUGAUGCUAGAAGCAUCUGGCCUCAGUGCGCCGAUAUUAUAGGAAACAUUCUAAACCAAGGACACUGCGGUUCGUGUUGGGCAUUCGCUACAACGGAGGUUAUGUCGGACAGACUCUGUAUACAAAGCAGCGGAAAAGUUAAAAUGCAGUUAUCAGCUGAAGACGUUGUUUCAUGUUGUUCCACCUGUGGGUAUCAGUGCCAAGGAGGUUAUCCCUCUACAGCUUUUCAAUACUGGGACACGUAUGGCGUUGUUUCUGGAGGAGAUUAUUUAUCAAAUUCUGGUUGCAAACCGUAUGGGUCAUCCGAAUUUAACAACGGUGUAGCACCGGAAUGUCAACAGGCAUGUUCAAACCCUUCCUACAAAACUCCUUACAACUCAGACAAGCAUUUUGGUUCAAAUUAUUACCAAGUGAGCGGACAAGAGUCGCAAAUUCAAGCUGAAAUAUACACCAAAGGAGCAGUUUCGGUUGUUUUUACGGUCUAUGAAGACUUUCCAUAUUAUCAAACAGGUAUCUAUUUUCAUAUCUAUGGUGUAGCUUUAGGUCUGCAUGCAGUUAAAAUCAUAGGAUGGGGGACCGAGUUUGGAUUUCCUUAUUGGUUAGUCGCUAAUUCGUGGGGAAAAAGUUGGGGAGGAUUAGGUGGAUAUUUUAAAAUUUUGAGAGGUUACAAUCAUUGUGGUAUUGAAGAGCAAGUACUUGGGGCCGAUUCAAGGGUUUAUUCCCCAAAUCCAGAAGAUUUAAACAACAACGAUAUUACCAUAGGUACUACACCUUCUUCGGGUGUGAAACUUUCAGAGCGGGUUCUGUUGUUUUUGUUGGGAUUAUUUUUUCUGUUUACUGUUUUUUGUUUUUGUAUUCGUUCUGAAAAUAUUUUUAGUAACAUUUUAUACAGUUGCAUUCGGCAUAUGCGGAUGAAAUAUUUGGAAGAAAAGCGCAUUAUUGUAAACUGAUAGUUAAUUGUCCUAGUUUUUCAGGUCUUUUUUGUGUAUAUUUUAUAUGUAACAUUAAAAUAGUGAAUAUAAUUGUAAACAUGUAUUUUUUUUACACAGACUUGCAUAAAAAGAAGUCUUUUUCGUUAUUUAAAGAUGCCAAGUUGUGUGAAAAUGUUAAGCAAUUCAUACUUGUGAAAACAAACAAAUAAAUCUUACUUAGUUUAAUAAUAAUUAUUUAACGAACGAGGUAGUUAAUGAUGAAAAUUCACAAAAAAAUAUGUUUAUGUGAGUUAAAGGAAAAAAAGUUUUUAAUUGUAAAUGUGUAAUGUAUCAUUUCACUUUAUUUUGAACAGAAUUUUCAGUAUAGCCUUUCGUGAAAGCUGUCCACUUCCAACUUCUAUGUCGCUUAAUUUCUGCAAAAUUUGCACCAGAAUCAGAUAAUAGUGAGCAAAACACCGCCGAAAACGAUGUCCACUAGACAAACGCGGGAGGUAUUUCACAAUGUAUUUUCGAAAAUGUAUUGGUUCUGUUUUAUAUUGGUUUUAGAAUAUUAAUAAAACCAGCUUCUACAA